UGAGGAUGCACGGCGGGAAUAGCGAGAGCAUCAUCUCAUGCAGCGAGCUCGAGCCGAACUGCACGGCGCGCAGCCCGGACACCCUCGCGCUGUCAGUGGUAUCCGCGUGGAGCGGCAACGGCUCGACAGUGGAUGCGUACCGGCUCGUGGAGCACCAGCUUCCCGCCUCGGCGGCCCCAACGGUGGCGAUGGCGCCCGAGGCCCCGCACCCGUUCCCCACAGCGGACGUGCCCGACCACGCCCACUACACCAUCGGCUCCGUUAUCCUCGCCAUCGGCAUCACCGGCAUGAUCGGCAACUUCCUGGUCAUAUACGCCUUCAGCAGGAGUCGCAGCCUGCGGACGCCGGCCAACAUGUUCAUCAUAAACUUGGCGAUCACCGACCUGUUGAUGUGCAUCACACAGGCGCCCAUCUUCUUCACCACCAGCAUGCACAAGAGGUGGAUCUUUGGAGAGAAAGGCUGCGAGCUGUACGCGUUCUGCGGCGCUCUCUUCGGGAUCUGCUCCAUGAUCACGCUGACGGUGAUCGCCGUCGACCGCUACUUCGUCAUCACGCGACCUCUGACCUCCAUCGGCGUGUUGUCCAGAAAGAGGGCCUUCUUCAUCCUCGUGGGCGCCUGGACCUACUCCCUGGGCUGGAGCCUGCCGCCGUUCUUUGGCUGGAUCCUGAGAAUCUAA